ACCAUGGACAAGAGCGCAGUCGAAGACUUUUUCCCUGGCAGCCACUGGUUAUACUUCUCUGUCUACCUCUUCACCUUUCUCACUGGCCUGCCCCUCAACCUGGUGGCCCUGAUUAUCUUUGUGGGUAGACUGAAGCAUCGCCCUGUGGCUGUGGACAUUCUUCUGCUCAACCUGACCAUCUCUGACCUGCUGUUCCUAGUCUUCCUGCCCUUCCGGAUGGUAGAGGCAGCGAGCAGCAUGUACUGGCCUCUGCCCUUCAUCUUAUGCCCCUUCUCAAACUUCCUUUUCUUCACUACCAUCUACCUUACUUCCCUCACCCUUGCAGCUGUGAGUGUGGAACGAUUCCUGGGGGUGGCCUACCCUCUGUGGUACAAGACUCAGCCAAGAAUUGUCCAGGCUGUCUUGGUCGGUGUCGGCUGUUGGCUAUUGGCAGGUGCCCACUGCAGUGUAAUCUAUGUUACUGAAUAUUCGGGGGAAGCUUUCCAAAAGCAACAAACCAACAACACCUGCUACCUGGAUUUUAGUGAUAACCAGUUGGCUAUCGUGCUGCCUGUCAGGUUUGAGAUGGCACUGGUUCUCUUUGGAGUCCCCUUGGUUCUUGCCAGCUACUGCUAUGGUCAAAUGGUGUGGAUCCUGAGCAAGGGGAGCAGUUGGAAGAGGAGGAAAAGGGUGGCAGGCCUGCUAGGGGCAACGAUGCUCAAUUUCCUCCUCUGCUUUGGCCCGUUCAAUGCAUCCCACAUCGUCGGGUAUAUCCAGGGCAAGAGUCCAACAUGGCGCGGGUAUGUGCUGCUGCUCAGCACCCUGAACGCCUGUGUUGACCCCCUUGUCUUCUACUUCUCAUCAUCUGGUUUCCAGAGGGACUUCCACAGGUUGUUCAGGAGUCUGAUGGAGGCUACAGGUCUUUGGAGAAAAAAUGGGUCAGGAAUACAAAGACAGGAGAAGGAACUGUCCAACAGUUAG